UGGUCUGGGUGCCUAGAUUCCCCCUGUAUCCAAACUCACAGCCCACUUUGGGUCAGCCUCUGAAAGCCAGCUGGUCUGGCUUAAGAAGUUUUUAUUUUUUAAUGUUUCUUAUUGGAUACAAGGGAUUGAGAAAGCAAACCCACAGCUGAGCUGGUGGAAGCCUUCCAGGUGAAGACAAGACAUAACUGGUGCUUGAGGCGGACACGAGCAUCGUAUGGACUGCCGCUGGACGGGCGCAGAGUUUUAGGAGUCCCCCAGGAGCGUGAGCGCAAAGACAGCAGCAGUUUGGACAUUAAAAGUGAUCAAGUGAAGUUCUACAGCUGGAAGUUCAAGAAAGAAGAAGUGAAAGCUAAAAGGAUAAACAAACAGAAAAUCAAACUACAGUGAAGAUGGGGAGAAAAAAGAUUCAGAUAGCGCGGAUAAUGGAUGAACGGAACAGACAUGUGACCUUUACUAAGCGCAAGUUUGGUCUCAUGAAGAAAGCCUAUGAACUGAGCGUGUUGUGUGAUUGUGAGAUAGCCCUCAUCAUCUUCAACAGCACAAACAAGCUGUUUCAGUACGCCAGCACAGACAUGGAUAAAGUCCUGCUCAAAUACACUGAGUACAACGAGCCUCACGAGAGCAGAACCAACUCUGACAUUGUGGACACACUGCGUAAAAAGGGCUUAAAUGGCUGUGACAGUCCGGACAUUGAAGCGGAUGACUCUGCUGGUCAGAGCCCAGAGUCUGAAGACAAGUAUCGCAAAAUUAAUGAGGAUAUUGACCUCAUGAUCAACAGACAGAGAAUUUGUGCUUUGCCCUCCUCCAAUUAUGACAUGAGUGUGCCGAUGGGUGGUAACCCCAGUGGACUACUGUACCCUCAUCCUGCCAUCGGGGGGAGUGGUUUGGGGAACCACAACCUGCUGCCUCUGUCCCACUCAUCUUUGCAGAGGAACAGCAUGUCUCCUCAGCGGCCACCAAGCACUGGGAACACAGGAUUGAUGAGCUCAGAGCUGGUCUCCAAUGUUGUAAAUGGUAACUAUAACAGUCACUGCCCCUCCCCGGGACUGCUGUCACCAGGGAAUCUGCAAGACAAGAGUCCACCAUCAAUGAGCAUGAGCCGAAAGCCUGACCUACGAACUCUGAUGCCCCCUUCCAACAAAUGCAACAACAUGCCAACUAUUAAUCAAAGGAUAAAUCACUCCCAAACGGCCCAGACACUCAACACUCCUGCUGUGUCUCUUGCGGCGCCCAAUUUAGCUGGACAAGGGAUGGGCGGGUACCCCUCCUCACUUUCCUCUCCUUAUGGAACAGAGUUUUCGCUAGGAGGUGAGCUCUCCUCCCUGUCUGGUUUUGGUAGUCCAGGACUAGGGUCUGUAACAGGUUGGCAGCAGCAGCAGAUCCAGAACCUGCAGCAUUCAGCACUGGGACACAUGAAUAACUUAUGUCAGAACUCCAACCUCAACCUAUCAUCGACUCAGCAGAAUCUUCACAUAAAGUCUGAGCCGGCCUCUCCACCCCGGGACCGCAGUGGUGGGAUGGUCACCAGUGCUCUAGGGGCUUCAAGCGCAGGAUACAGCCGUGGCCCAAACGACUCGGGACGCUCUCCAGGUGACAGUGCGUCCAGCUGCGGCAGCUCGUAUGAAGGCAGUGAAGACCGAGAUGAUCACCAUGGAAACGACAGUUUCCUGCUGCGGCCUUUGUCCAGUCAAGACGAGCAGCAUAGCCCUUCAGUGAAGAGGAUGAGGUUAUCAGAAGGCUGGGCCUCAUGAUGGAGCUGAGCUCCAGAGGAGACGAGGGUGUUACUCAAGUUACCUUAUAGUGUUAUUAUCAAUAUAAUAUUCUUGUAUUGUGUGGGUGUGCUUUAUGUGUAAUGGCAUCAUGUAUGUAGCAGGGCAGAAGAAAAGUUAGUCCGGUUCUGUGUAAACUUGUACUGUAGAAAAAAAAAAAAGACAUCCAAGAGCAAGCGAACGAUGCACAUUUAACUAUUGGAUUUUGCAUAUUUAUACUAACUAAGAAGUGAAGAUGUAUGGUACUCAGGAUGCUGAUGCUACUGGGAGAGAACAGACUACUCACACAGUCCAGGUGUGUAUUUUGUACUUCUGUGCAAAUACAUUAAUGAGAGCGAUUUUUGUUAGAAAAGAUUUUUGAGACUGAAACAUAAGAAAGAAAGAAAGAGUAAGUAAGAGAAUGACAAAGAAAAGGAUGGACUGGACUCAAGGGUUGGAAGUGGUGCAAGAAGUUUUAAUAAGAGAAUGUUUUGUUAGUAUGUUGCUCAAAAUAGAUUUAAAAAAUGAAUCAAUUAAUAUGAAGAUGGUUUAACAGUAAAGUGUUACCUUCAGAGCCAUGUAAGCAAAGUGAGAUUAAACAACAGAUUCAGAUGGACUCACAGAUCUAUAGAUACUGAUAGCUUUGCAUGAUCUAGCAGAGUGAGGAUUGCACUCCAAAAGCCAUACCAGACAACUUUUAUGUGUUACUAUUUCUAUUAUUUGCAAAUGAAUAGUUUGAUGUGUACAGCAAUUAAUAUAAAUUCUAUGAUGGGACAAGCAGGUGCACAUAUUUUUUUAUAUCUACAAAUGAUCAGGGAAGUUAACUUCUUAGCUCACAUUAGGACAUUUUUUUGAAAAAAAAAAACCAUAUAUUUAUUUUUUAUCUGAAAGAUUAAAAAAAUUAAUUCAAAAAAUAAAAAUAAAUUUGCCGUUCUCAGUAAACAGAGCUGUAGUUACAUUUUUAUAGACUGACAGUUAGGCUCAAAGGGCACCUGGCACUAAUUUCAUUUACAAAUAAUACAGGAAGCUUUUUCUCAUAAAACACAAACAGUAUAAUUAUUCUGUGCCUUGUAUGACUCUGGGUCCGACACUGGCCACUUGUACCAACCAUCUUUGAUGAGGAUGUAUGUUUGUUUUUUCUGAGACAUGACGUGGCUGGGGGUUGCUCACAUUUGAAUAUUUUGGUUUUAAAACUGUAUAUUUAGAUUCAUAACCCCUGGCCACAGCUGGCUGUCUGUAGAGUUUAUCUGAGACUAGAUCCCCUGACUCAAACGCCUGCAGCUGUAGUUUGGCCGACCUGUAUAGGUGGUUAUAAGCUGACUUUUUUGUUUUUGUUUUUUCUCAGUUGAUUGUGUUCACUGUAGAGCUCUUCCAGGUGAAGCGAGCAGAGCUCAGGAGCUCCGAUGGGUUUGGUGACUAAAGAUAUGAUUGGGAAUCAGUGGAGUCUAUUUGAUCAUAGCUGGACUUUACCUGUACACACGUACCUCAAAUGCCCUCAUGUAUUUAUGUGUCCCCAAAUUUAUUCUGUUUAAUUUAAGUUUUAUUUGAUUAUAUUUUUGCUGACAGUGAAUGUCAUAUGCUCUGUAGUGCUUCUAAAAACGAUUAGUUUAUAAAAUAUAAAGAUAAGCGUUUGUUAGCGGCAUAAGCUGGACUUUGUCGCCACCUGGAGACAAUGUUUCUUGGAAAAAAAUGCACCUUGUCACUCAUUCAAAAAUCAUGUACAGCAAUUUCCUCUUUCACGUAUAUGUAUUUGUAUUUGCAGAAAAAAAUAUACCGGCUCUGUUACAAAUA